AUGGAUCUCAUUGGCAAGAUCUACCCAGCUAGUAGCAAGCAACAUUGUUUUAUCAUUGUAGCUACAUACUAUUUCACCAAAUGGGUGGAAGCCAAGCCUGUUAAAUCCACUACAUCUCAAGAGAUCAUCACCUUCAUAGAAGAGCAGAUUAUACAAAGGUUUGGCAUCCCAGAAUCAAUCACAACAGACAGGGGAUCUUCUUUCAUAUCUGGAGAGAUGUUAGAUAUGGCAGAAGCAUUCAAAUUCAAACUACUUCAACCCACUCCUUAUUAUGCUCAAGCUAAUGGGCAGGCAGAAUCAAGUAACAAGGUGAUCAUCAACAUUAUCAGGAAAAUGCUUGAGAAAAAUCCAAAGCAGUGGCAUGUGAAGUUAUCAGAAACUCUGUGGGCAUAUAGGACUUCAAAAAGAGAGGCAAUUGGCAUGACCUCAUAUGCUCUAACCUAUGGUCAUGAUGCAAUUCUGCCAAUGGAGAUAGCAGUCCAAUCUCUUAGAAUUGCUCAUCAACACAGUCUGAUUGGAGAAGACUACUCUCAAGCCAUGCUGCUAGAACUGGAAGGAUUGGAUGCAAGUAGGAUUGAUACCCUCAACAAACUCUUAGCAGGAAAACAUGCUGUAUCAAGGGCCUACAACAAAAGAGUUAAAAACAAGAGUUUUGAAGGUCAUUGCAUAAUAGCCUGGAAGGCGGCUCUACCCCUUGGAACACAGAUAACUGGUUAUGGGAAGUGGUCACCUACAUGGGAAGGUCCUUCCAUAAUUAAGCAAAUCCUUGGACUGGGGGCAUACAGAUUACAGGAUCGAAAUGGAGAUGUUCACGCUGCACCAAUAAAUGGCAAAUGGUUGAACAAAUUCUAUCCAACUAUGUGGGAUUCACAGGCUAUACAAACAGAUCCUGGAAUAGAGAGGGAACAAAAUGAAACUGUUGUUUAA